CAUAGCAGUUCCUUAGUUCCUGUUUCUUUCUGUUUGAAGUUAUAUAAUUUUGGUGUUUUGUUAUACAGACUUCAUUAUUUGCUGGGAAUACAAAGAAAAAACAGGAAGAUAAAAUGGGAAAAUCACAAUCAACAGAAGUCCCAUCACAAGAUGAACACAAUGAAUAUGACACACCUUGGAGGAAUACUCCCUGGGGAGAAAAUGAGCUUUUGGAGAAAAAACUGAAAGAGCUUAAGCUGAGUGAUCCAAAUACUAAAUAUGUGAGGAUCCUGGUAAUUGGAGCAAUUGGAGCAGGAAAGUCCAGCUUCAUCAACUCAGUCAAUAGUGUUUUCCAAAGAAGAAUCACAAAUGAAGCCCUUAUUAACAAAACAUCUGACAGCAGAACGUUCACAAAAUUAUACAAAACCUAUUACAUAAGAAAUGGACAAUCUGGACAAAUUUUGCCUUUUGUCUUAAGUGACACCAUGGGCUUGGAGUCUGAAGAUUUACAUGGUGUACAUCCAAAGGACAUUGUCAAAGCCAUGGAGGGCUGCAUAAAGGAAAGAUACAAAUUCAAUCCAUCAUGUCCUAUUUCUUCUCAAGAUGAGGGCUACAGAAGUAAUCCAACCCUACAGGAUCAGACAUACUGCCUAGUCUUUGUCCUGGCAGGUGACAGCAUAUCACGUAUGAAUGAGGCAGUGAUUGAGAAGAUGAAAUAUAUUAGAAAUAAGGCCAAUGAACUAGAAAUUCCUCAAGCAGUCGUCAUGACAAGGGUGGAUGAAGCAUGUCCACUGGUAAAAGAAAACUUAAGGAAUAUCUACAAGAGCAAGAAAAUACAAGAAAAGUUGGAGAAAUGCUCGGAACUUACGGGUGUCUCAUUGAGUCAAGUCUUCCCUGUGAAGAGCUACCACAAGGAAAUUGAUACACAGGAGGAUAUUGAUGUACUGAUUCUGAGGGCAUUUGCUGAUAUUGUGCAAGUGGCAAAUGAUGCGUUGGAAAUUAAGAGCAUGAUUGAAAAAACGAAUGAAUGAAGUCCACCAUAGAGAUGUUAUAGAGGCUUCAGCUGCCUAUUCUUCCAUAUCCAAUUAAAUCUGUACUGGACAUAUUAAUUAGCAUUUCUGUAAAC